AUGUCGUCCGGCAAAACAGCAGAAGAUCAAACCUGGAAGUUGAAGGAGCAGGGAGAGGAAGCACGAUACGUUCAUCAAAAGGAGCAAGAACAAUUGGCUGCGAUUCGCGACCAAGCCGCCCAAGCUGAGAUGGGAGCGAAGGGCACGGCUGCCGCUGGUAGGAGGGACAACGACUUCGAAGGGGGGUUCGGCGGUCAGGAAGACCUCGAGGACAGAUACGCUACCACCAGCGGGGAGCAUUGA